UGGCGGCAUUUUACGGGGCGAUCAAACCAUGAAACAUGAUGAAACGCCCUUAGACUCUUGUAUGACAUUUAUGCUAUAAGUUCUAGUGCGGUUAUAUUUCUUUUUUUUGCAGUUGACACAUCAAACUCGACGUUUAUAAACUCUACGAGAACGUCGAAAAAGACGCGAAAAUGUCGCGAAUAUCGGAGAGAAUCUGUGGUGUUUUAAAGCUAGCCAAUAGUUCCAGAUUGAGCGACAAAAAGAAAUGUGUCAUUGAACUAUUGGAUUUGUAUCGGAAUGAUGAUGCUCUUAAUGAAAUACACGAAAAUACGGAAAGAAAAGCUCCAGGAAAUGUUAAUUGGCUCUAUAUUAUGCUCACAGCUCACAAACUAAUUCUUGAUGAAGCAGAGAAGCCCAGUAAAGAAACAACUGCCAAAAAUAAAGAGAGACAAGAACUUUGUAGUUUAGUAAUUGAUACAAUUCGUCGAUCUAAUGAAAGAUCCGUUGAACUUCUAAAUGCCAACGAUAUAGUCUCUAUGAUACUGCAGAUAUUGGAUUCCAAAAUCUAUGUACACUAUCAAGACACAUAUCUGGCAAUACUGGUGAAAUACAUAUUGCCUAAAAGUACCAAUCAUAAUAACAUUACAGCAGAGCAAUGGAGGGAAUUGCUGAUAGUUUGCAGGAAGCUAUACAAAAAGGCACAUCUUAAGAAGCAUAUUGUGUUAGAUGCGCUACAAAUGAUUGUGGAUCAUUCCUUCUUGCACACGAAUCUAAUUUCUCACGUGAAAAAUUUAUUGCUCUUCUUGGAGGAGGUCUUCGAAAAUGUGAAAGCAAAUAAUGACGAGCAGUUGACAGAGUCCUUCUACAGACUCAGCAGCAGUGUAUGCAGGCAAAUCGCGACGGAAUCAAGAAUCGCACUUUGUAAAUUCAGCGAAAGCAUGUCGAUGGACAUUUUACGUUUGAAUGGCUCCGAGGGAAAGUACAAACUGCUACUGAUCUUCCUGCAGAUUCACCAUCCAAAUGGUAUUGGAUACAACGAUGGCACGUACGUCUAUAACUGGAACAAAUGGAGGGAUUUAUUGCGCAACAUGUGCCAGCUUGUUCAGGAAAACUGCAAGUUGGAUGUACAGUGGCACAGUUUCAUCGAGUUUGCCAGCGAAGUCGUGAAACAAGUAAUGGACAAUUCGGUGAAUCUCGCUGCCACUGUUGACGCAAAUUCUCUUGACGAUACUUAUUCUCAACCGGCUAAACGCAGACGAACAAUGAGUAGGAUGGACAGCAUCGUUGAUCUAGUAACAGAAAGUAGUCCCGAAGAAGUGUGGCCCUUGCUGAGAAUUCUUGAGGAAACAUUGAGGAAAUACCCCCAGUGCUUGAAACCGCAAGAUUUCGCACCUUUGCUGCAACGCUUAACGGAACUUGCUCAGUCCCGAGACGAGCUCAUCAUGGAUAACUUGUACAAUCUUGCCAGUGUUCUCAUGGAGAACGAGAUGUCUAAUGAAAAGGAAGUGCAGGACACCACGAUUCAUUGGAGCAAGAUCUGGGAUAUGCUACUCAGGUCUCUGGGAGCAAAUCAGAAUGAAGAGUCGGGUCAUUCAUUGAUCCACUGUUUUAUAAUUCACAACAAGAUGCCCAAUGCAAACGCUCUUCUCAGGUUGUAUCUGACAAAAUCAAUCCGUUGGUCGCCGAACAGCGUAUGCACGCUACGACGGUUGUGCGAAUGCGUUUCUCUGCCGCAGGACGCGUUUACAUCAGUGUUGGAUCCAUCGCCAUCGGCAACGACUGCGCCGAUCUGCAACAGGACGCGUCUCCUGGAAUGGCUACUAAACGUGUCGUGGCAAAAGCUGGUGAUGCGAUUGUCCGAUAAAACCAUCGAGAACAUCUGCACCCUAUUGGUAGAUCUCGUUCUGAGUUCACGUUGCAGGCAAAAUGUCAGGAAACCCUCGCGAAAACGCGAGAAAUCGCGCGAACAUGUUUCUGUGUCGCAUCAGGACAUCUAUUCAACGGACCUUCCACGACUCUGUCACGCAUCUUUGACAUUCGAGGUAGAAUUUUCGGCAAGGUCGAAGUAUGAGCGCGGUGAACGGGAUUUUAGGCUGAUGGCCACGGAUGGAAGUCCCGUCUCCUAUGUGCAGGAAGCGUUCAAUUUUCUGAAGAAACGAUUGCACGACAUUCUUCAAGGUGAAGACCCCGGCGAUGAGACAAAAAAUACAAUUGAGGUUCACGUCGUAUUGAUGAAGGUAGCGUUCCUAGCUAGAUUGUUGUCCAGUCUGAAGCAGCUAGGUAUUCUUGCGAGGGAGGAUACUGUUAACCCGCUACUUAAUGUGAUGGAGAAGCAUCUGAAGAAUAGCUUCGAAGUUUUAGCGAGAAUCGACUGGAGCAGGUAUGCAUGCAAGUAUACAUACUUGUUGAGCGUGACCAGGGCAUUGAAUGUGCUGUAUAAGACUACAUAUGAUGAGGACAUAGCAAAGAUAAUAGUCUCUGCGUCUACCGUGGAUAUGUUGAAAAAUAUAUUCGAUCUCCUGAAUCUCGAUACCAAUCGUCGUAAAAGUGAUUAUCACAAGGAACAUGACACUUUUCAGAAGAGGCGCAAGAGUUCCAGUUCAGAAACGUCGAAUCCGUCUUUGAUGAGUCUCCGACGUGAGGACGCGAUCCGUCUUCAGGUUGUAGAAGCUUUGGCAUCCUUUUGCGCUCUGCGCGUCGACGCGGACUGCAGCAAAUCCACGCUGCAGACGAAGAUGAUGCGUAACUUGCUCACUAUGCAACAAGACUAUACGAAUUAUGUCGACUAUUGGAUAUCGUUAACGAUCCUGGAAUCGCUCGCCGCGCGCGAUCAGGAAAUUCACCGCGAUUAUGCGGACGCGCCAUUGGAUCUUGUGCUGGAGGUCUGCCAGAAGGAUCACAGGUACGAGCAGUCCUCGCGCCGACUGUUAAACCUGCUGCCGUACUUCCUCGAAUACGCGAUCAAGUACGAUUAUUCACCGAAGACGAUCGUUCAUACGCUCGCGCAAUUCCACAAACAAAUGUGUAAACGGAACUAUGGCGUUCUCGUGCACGCAGACUACAUGAAGUGCGUCUGUAACUGCGUGCAGAUCGAUCCAAGUUUCUCAUGGAACCACGACGAUGUUUCCGACAACAGCAUCGUAACAUUGCUAGACAGCGUCCUUGACUACAUUGGCGACACGCUCUUCGUAUUGCGUUCGCAGGCUGUGCGAUGUCUGCAGGAGCUCCUAUCCCUCAAGAAUGUCGGUCACAAGUGGAAGGAGCGAAUAUGCAUCAAGGUGGAGGAAACAGCGUUCAAUCUUCUCGAUGAAGCUCAACAAUCGGGUUCCGAUCCACAAAACAACAGUCUGGAAGAAAGUCAACAACAGGAUGAGAGAGAAACCAGAACGACCAGCGCAUUGAUUGCGCUAGCCUCUGUUGCUUGUGCCAGUGGUGUUCUUCAGGGUCGCGCCUUGUACGCUAUGCUUCGACUGUCGAUAGAGAGAAAGGUGGACAUGCGGAUAGUGCAAAAGGUUCUCUCGGCAGCGGCGCGGCACACAACGACACACAUCUCACUCGUCGAGGAUAACUUGAACUACCUGCUGACAUCCUGGAUCGAAGACGCGCAGUACUCGUUGCAGAGGUUUCCGUGGAUACUCGCGGGAUGCGAAACUGUGGACGAAUUCUUUCGAAAAAAUGUCAAUCACAUAGUUCCGAUAGUGCUGCGCACUUCGGGCCUCGCCGAAGCCAUAUCUUUCUGCACUGAUUGCGCCGGUGUUGCCUUCGAGAAAGUCUUCGAAGAUGUUUUCCCGUCUUGCUUAGCGUGGUUGAUAUCGCGCGUCAUUAUAUCUAACGAUGCUGACGAGACAAUGCGAAAGCUGACGAAGAACACGGACGAAUUCGCGCGUACGCGCGAUUUCAGUCGAUUAUUUUAUUCUCGUCUGCAGGACGUUUUGGUGGAGCUAAUACGGAGGUUGCAUGACGAGGAUGACUUUGAGCGUGUUUUUUCAAUAUCGGACAUGCAUUUCCCGGCGAUGGAUCCGCCGCAUUUUGCGCGAGCCACAUUGGAUCUGUGCUUCGAUUACCUGGAGUCGUCCGGUUUUCUGGCAGCGUCGGGAGAAACGCUGACGCGCACGCUAGUCGAGCAGCAACCAGCGACGCUACAGAGGAUGCUGUUACAUUUCGCGAGCGCCGUACAUUCAUCGCGUUCCCGCGAAGAUAAACUAAAACGGUUGUAUCAGUACGCGUACCUCUGCUUGCGGCUGACACGCGACUUGGCAGAACCCGUCUUUGAUGAGAUGGCCUCGUUUUUUAUCCGGGACGUGUGCUAUAGCCUGCUGCAUAUGACCAGAGGAAACGACGACGAGACGCUUACCAUGGCAUGCUGCAAGUUUGUGGAUAUUUUCCUGAGACAGGCGCUACCUGUGAGAGCCGCGGAGGUGCGGGACGUUCUCAGAUUCGUUGUAGCAAAUUUGAUCGACUUGGCGCAAUCAAACACGAGCAUCAUCAAUCGAGUCGCUGCGAAUCUACUCAGGUUUCUUGUGGUGGAGCAAAAAGACGUUCUGCGGGAAGCUAUCGCGAAGCUCAGUUCAUUCCCGAACCACAGAAUUUUUCGGGAUGUGAGGGAAGCUCGCAAUGCCGUCAGAUCAGAAAAGAACAGAACUGCGCUGUGUUUCGAAGACGAAUUGGCGCGUUUCCUAGACGCUAUAAGCGAGGAGAACGCCGAGUGCACACUGGAGGAUCUCGCGAAUCUCACGCAGCAACUGUCAACAAGGAAAUCGGAGUUGAGAGAGCUGCAUCGGAAGUUGGAAAGGCCAUAUCCUGAGGACGGCGCCAGUAUCCUGCACCGACUAAUAUUCAAACUCGCCAAGCUGACAGAAUCGUCUAAUCCGCGUGUAUCGAUGGAAGUCACGAAAUGUCUCGGCGAACUGGGUCCGACGGAUUCCACUGUGGCUCUGCGACCAGCGGGAAGUCUCGUCCAAGAAGCAAACUAUGCGAUAGACAUCCUGACCUAUCGGUCGGUCGCGAUGUUAACGAAUUUUCUCGUGGAAAACACGGUGGAACUUCGCAAGGUUAGUGCCGACGCACUUUAUGCGGUGCUAUCGACUUCCUUCGGUCGUAAACUGUCGGACUCCGAGUACACGAAGAACUUGUCGAACAUCCUCGAAGGGUCCGUGUCUCUGAAGAUUGAUUACAUCCGACCGUUCGCUCACGGACGUUGCGUAACACAGACUUCCUUUGGCGUGAACGCUGCGAGAUUUCGUAGCAUUAUGAACCCGGAAAACCCAUUGUGGACCGUUCAGGACAACGAGAAUUAUGCUGAAUGGAUCGUCAAGUUAACCUGUGGCAUCGCCGAAUGCUUCACCGACUCUUAUCUAGAGAGCUUCCUGCCGGUCUGCCAGCUCAGUAUCAAGUUUUGCGAACUGAUCCUGCCGAGAAUCGUAUAUCUUGUCAUUCAUCGAAACGGCAACUUCAUCGGUGCCAUGUGUGACUGCGUCAAUCAGUUCUUCAGGCAACACUUUGCGAUCAACCACGAGGUAGAGACUGUUGCGUCGUCGACGCCGAGAAGCGGUGAUUGCGACCAAAAAAUCGUACGCUGCAUGCUGGCCGUGGUGAAUCAUGUGCGGGCGCAGCUACCAGACGGCGCGAACUUGACACUCGACUACAUCAACUUGGCCAGAGCUGCGCACAAAUGCUCCGCGUACUAUACGGCUUUACUGUUCGCGCAGCUCGCCUGCGAGUCGAUCUCGUCGGACUAUCCGGAUUUCAGCAGCGAUCCUAGGAUCGAUUACAUCUAUGAACGCCAACCGGCAGUCGGCCGGGUACUGCAAGACAUCAUGCUGGACACCUACCUGAAUAUCAGCAAUCCGGACGCCAUGAGUGGCGCCGGAUCAUCGCAUCUGCUCAAUCAAGACUCCCGAGUGCAAUACUACGCUCGUACCAAUUGUUGGGACAAGGUCAUGCUCGCACAGGACAUUGAGCUAUCGCACAACGGCAAUCACUUAUCGCUGACGAAUACCAGAAUGGAAAUGGCGAACGCGUUACACCGCUCGGGAUUGCAGUUUCUCCAAUGGCAGUUUCUGGGCAAUUGUCUAGAUGAAAAGUUUAGUUACGAGUGCGCCUGGAGACUCGGCAACUGGGAUCUGCUGGUAGACGAUUCCGUUGCCGCCACUAGUCAAAACUAUUUUCAACCGCAGCGAUUUGAGUCCCUCGAGAACACGUUUCACGUGCACCAUUACGAUGCGCUGAAAUGCCUCCAUGAAAAUGACCGACGAGGCACGGAACGGGCGAUCGAACGCGCUCGCGUAAGUGUGAUCCGCGGACUGCGAGUGAUCAGUCUAGACAGUAGCCGAAUCGUCAACGAGAAACUAUCGCAGCUGCGGCUAUUGCGCGAAAUCGAACAGCUGAAUUCAGCGACCGACUCGUCGCAGGAGGGGUAUUCAAAGGUAUUGCAACGAUGGAACGAACACGAGAUUAACCUGACGGGUCAAUUCGACUACGUGGAACCAAUCUUAUGGCAGCGUAUCAUCAUGUUCCGCAUCCGAGAAUCUCUGUGGAUGGACACGAACAUACGAGAGGCGUUCUUUGCCACUUGCCUGGGCUUGGCGGAGGUCGCAGUGGGUCAGGGCAACUUUCAAGUGGCCGCCCGAGCACUGGGCACACUAACGACCCAGCGAAAUCUUUCUAUGGAUUUAGAGAACCAACAUCUCUAUCAGGAAUCGCUCCUGGCGUGGAUGAAACACGACCAGGUCAUUGCGCGCCGUCUGCUGCGUAACUUGAUCGAGAAGAAGAAUCCGAAGCCGAGUCUGAGAGCCAAAGCUCUGCGAAUUUAUGGCGACUGGAUGGCUGAGACUAAGUCGGAGAAUCCGCAGGCGGUAAUACAGAAAUAUUAUCUGGAGUCCAUCGAGAUCAGCGAAGCUAUCGAUGAGCAAACGCCUGAUGUCGUUAGAGAUCUAUAUGACACGCAGGUUGCGCUGGCGCGCUUUGCCGACGCGCAGUAUGAGCAGAUCAGUGCGUACAUGAACUCUCCGAUAUACGAGUCAUUGAAGGAAUACGCUCGCAGCAAUGAUCUAAGGAGCCAAGUUUUAGAUCAGGCGCAAAUAAAAAAUCAGGAUAUCAAACGUGCCGUGAUAAUCAGCCAGAAGCAAUCGACGAAUGACGCGGCCGAGCUAAAGAAUAUCGAGCAGGAGAGGCGUAACUAUCUCGCACAGGCUUUAAAGUAUUACCUGAAAACACUGCACAGCAGCGAGGAACACAAUCUGCUCAUCUUUCGACUGGUGGCACUCUGGUUGGAUAAUAUGCUUGAUAACGAGGUGAACGAGGCACUACUGGACGAGCUAGACAAUGUGCCCUCUUUUAAGUUCGUGCCGCUGGUGCCACAGUUGGCCGCCCACAUAAGUAACGAUCUCAAGCACCAGAGGAGCUUUUCCACACGGAUCUUUAGAAUCCUCGAGCGAUGCGCUCUAGAACAUCCAUAUCACACGUUGCCCGUGGUGCUGGCGCUGAAGAAUUUACACAGCGACCCGGGAACCACAGUUACGAAGGAAGAACGUCGCGUACUGGGCGCCAAGAGGCUCCUCAAGCGAUUGACCGAGUCAUCCGUACACGAUAUUGUCCAAGAGAUGGAGAUUCUGUCGCGGGCACUAUUGAGUCUCGCUUACUGGCAACCCAAGGGCAAGUGUAACUCCGGAAAAUGUUCGAUACCGCGAGAUCAGUUGAUAUCCAAGGUUAGGAACUUGGACAAUGUUCUCCUGCCGACCCUGACCUUACUCGUGAGACCGUCGGGUAAUUAUGACAAUGUAGUCGGCAUAAAGGCGUAUCGGGAGACCUGCGAAUUUGUCGGCGGCGUGACCGCGCCUAAGAAAGUCAUCUGCGUUGGCACCGACGGUGUACAGCGCCGACAGUUGGUCAAAGGUAAAGAUGAUCUACGGCAGGAUGCGGUGAUGCAACAGGUGUUCACCGUGAUGAACACGCUGUUGCGCACUUGCAAGGAGACGAAACGGCGGAAUUUACGUAUCAGAACGUACAAAGUGGUGCCGCUGACGCAGAGGUCGGGCGUGCUGGAGUGGUGCGACAACACGGUUCCCAUCACGGCGACCUUGGUGGGCAGUUCGAAUGCGAUCGGUAUACACAAGAGGUAUUAUCCGCGUGACCUGACUGCAGAAGUGGCCAGAAACAAAAUGAAGGACGUCGCGGAAGAGUCGAACGAGAUGAAGUUAAAGGUUUUCCUCGAGUGUUGCAAACGCAUGCGGCCAGCGUUCCAUCACUUCUUCGAGGAGAAGUAUCGAUCGCCUGAGACUUGGGUCGAGAGGACGCUCACGUAUACGCGCAGCGUUGCCACCACGUCCAUCGCAGGUUACAUUCUGGGCCUCGGCGACAGACACUUGAGUAAUAUCCUCAUCGACGAGCGCACCGCUGAGGUAGUGCACAUCGAUUUUGGCGUGGCUUUCGAGCAGGGCAAGGUUCUACCCCUUCCCGAGACCAUUCCUUUCAGAUUAACCAGGGACAUCGAGGUCGCCAUGGGUGCUUCCGGCAUUGAGGGGACCAUGAGACGCAGCUGCGAAGUGACCAUGACAAUGCUGCGCGAUCAGAGACAAAUUAUCAUCACCCUUCUUCAAGUCUUAUUAUACGAUCCGCUCUUCACGUGGGCCAUCACGCCGGAGAAAGCCUGCAAGAUGCAGAGUGAUGUCGUAAGAAGUUAUUCGGAAAACAGCGGACGAGCAUCCGUGGAGACCAAUAAGAUCGCCAAGAGAGCUCUUUUGAGAAUCGAACAAAAACUGCGAGGAACAGAGGAUGGUUUAGUAUCCAGCGUUCCGGGACAAGUCGAGAGACUGUUACAGGAGGCACGAGAUCCCGCAAAUUUGUGUCGGGUCUACUGUGGUUGGCAACCAUAUUUGAUCUGUUGCAGCAACUUCGAGAAAUCAGAGCAAAUCGAAAUAUCGAAAUUUAAGAUUUCGUUCGUAAAUCUACUCGUCGAAAUAAGGUAGCCUUUGGACAAUAUUUCACUUGACAAGCGAAAAUUUUCUCAAACGUACUGAUUGGCUGCUAUUGCAGUAAAUUUUUGGAAUUCUAGUAAUUUCUUCUUCGACGACCAAUCAGUGCAUUCAUACGGCAAAUAGUAUCAUUUCUUUAUUGUUGAUUGGCCAAACGCUAUUUUUUACUUAACGAAUAGAUAUAUGAAUCUAUGUAUAUAUAUUGAUAUUGAUAUAUGCUAUAUCACAUUGAAAAAUUUAUGUGUAUUUUACAUUCUGAACAAAGUGUAUAUCGAAUGGCAAAGAAAUAUGCAAGAGGUAUAAUAAAAAAAAAGAUUGACAGAAAAGUAGAUUCUCUUUACCUAGAAUUUUGAACAAAAAUACCUGGAAGAUCAGAGAAAAUAUU